UUCAAUUUAAGGAUACAGAUUGAUAAAGCAUGUUUAUAUAUGUAUCUACAUAUUUAUUAUAAAGUGAUCAAGAUGGCUACAUUUUCUCAAGUACUCACUGUGCAAGGAAAGUCUGAUUAUGUUGUGAGCAUACCAAGUGAUUUACGUAAAUGCUUCUUUAUUUAUGCCAUCUGUGUUCUUUCUGAUGAUCAUAUCCUUAUUACAGAUAAUAAUAAUAAACGAGUUAAGCAACUAAAUCAUCAAUACAAGGUGGUGGGACAUUGCGAUUUAACUACAUAUCCAACUGACAUGUGUUGUAUCACACCAAGUGAAAUUGCCAUUAUUGGGAAUGACUAUAGGACACAUGAUGUCCAGUUUGUCUCAGUGAAUGGUGGACGGCUGGUUAUGGGCACGAAGAUACAGUUUCAACAUAUAUGUAUUGGUGUUGCUCAUGAUCUUCAACACCUGUAUCUUACUUCUGGCACUGCACUUUACAAGUACUCAAUGACAGGAGACUUGUUGAAUAAGUUGUAUGAGGAUACAUCAGGCGAUUACACAGUAUGGAAGUGUGCAGCAAAUCCUUCAGGUGACAAGAUAUUUGUAACCAACUGGUCCCACAACAAGGUCCUCACCCUGGCCAUAGAUGGCGCAGUGCUCCACACCUUCACAGACACAGACCUAGUAUGCCCAUUUGGUAUACAUGUGACAGAUCAGGGACAGGUGCUGGUCUGUGGACAAUCAUCCAACACUAUCCUUCAGCUGGAUGGUGAAGGCAAGAAGAAACUGGCAACUCUCCUUACGGAAAGGGAUGGUCUGAAUGCUCCACACUCAGUCUGCUGCAAUAGGAGCACAGCAUCCAUCAUUGUUGGACAAUAUAUUGGCAACCAAAUCCUGGUGUUUAAAGAAAAAUAGUUUUGUUUCACAAGUGUCCCUACUAACAGUUUGAACAUGUACUUACAACAUGAAUUCUUGGCCACACCAAACUCAUAUUUAGUGUUCAGUUUUAUCAUUUUAUAAACCUGGAUGAUUAAUUGUUUUGCCAAUUUUGAUUUAUUGUGCUGCCCCAUAAUUUAAAAACAUGCCUUCAUCUGUUAACGGAAUCCACGGCAAUACAGUUCUCUGAUGAUUAUUUUUCAUGUGAAUUGUAUAUUAAAAGUGUAAUCUUGAUGUAAUCUUGAUCUUUAUCUUGAAAUAACUUGCACAUACAUGAUUUGUUUUGGGUGAUUUGUUAUGCUCUACAAUAUUUGUGUGCAUUUUUUUUUUACAUUUUCAUUUUAAUCUUAAAAUGUGUGUGUUUUGUUGAAAGAAAUAUUUAGUUUCAUGGAGUAACAAUUAUGUACAAUACAGAUUUAUUUCAUUGAUGUUUGCAUUUUUUUUUGUUGAUGACAAUUCUUAUGUCCCCCACCACUAUAGUGGGGGACAUAUUGUGUCAAACUUUAACAUUUGCCAUAACUUUUGCAAUAUUGAAGAAAGAACUUCAAGGUCAAAUGUCAAAUAUAUGGCUUCAUAGCGGCGCAGUAGGGGACAUAGUGUUUCUGACACAUCUCUUGUUUAUGUAUAUACUUGCACGUGUUAUUUGCCUGUAACUUUCACUAUGUUGUGCUGAAUAAAUUCACUAUUACUA